UGUCCUCCAGCCGGCGAGCACAGGUGCCCGGCGCGGCGCAUGCGCGCGGCCGCCGGCGGUGUGCGGCGCAGCGCAGCCAUGGCGGGGGCUCUGAGGAAGACUACUGGGCUUGUAGGAUUAGCUGUGGCUGAAAAUCCUCACGAGCGCCUGCGAAUACUGUACACAAAAAUUCUUGCUGUCCUUCAAAACAUUCCCAAAGAUGCAGCAUACAGGAAAUACACCGAGCAGAUUGUAAAUCAGCGAAUUAAUUUGGUGCAAACAGAAACUGAUGUGCAAAAACUACAAGACAAACUGAACAGUGGUCAUAUAGAAGAAGUCAUUGUGCAGGCUGAAAACGAGCUUUCCUUGGCAAGAAAAAUGAUACAGUGGAAACCAUGGGAGCCUCUAGUUGAUGAACCUCCUUCUGACCAGUGGAGAUGGCCAAUAUAAUACUCAAAAUGGUGCAACUUCUUGAAAUUGAAAAAAAAUUAAAUGUGAUCUUAUGUUACUGACAAUUAUCUUUAAAUUAAAUAACUUAAUUAAAA